GGUAACUACUGUAGUGAUACUGUACUACUUUUCGUUCUGGUAUUUUGACAGACGACAUACUGGUUCUGCUUACUUUUCAUGUAGUUAUUGUAUUAGUGUUCGAUGUCAUUUACCAAAAGAAAGAAACUACCUUUCACCACUGUUUCUUGGUUUGUUUACUGUACAGCCUAACUCUCUUGCGGGAUGAAGCCUCCCUCUCGUCUGCGAAUAAAACCAACGCGCUUUGUUAGCAAGAAGACCGACAACACUGGAACCAAGCGAAAACCAAAAAUUGCGUUUACGGGAUGGAGUCGGACGGAGCAGCAGAUCUUGCUGCGGUGUCUUAAUAGUCAGAGCAAGAAAACUGCCGGGAUCCACGGUGCGAUAGACCUAGAAGCUCUUCACGCGAAACUCCCCAAGCGCUCUACAGAAGAAAUCCAGUCCCAGUUGGAGUGUCUGAUGAUGCGUGUGCUGAGAUCUGUGGUGAUUCAGGUGAAGAGCCAGAGGUCUGAACAGAAGGUGGCCAUGAAACCCAUCCAGCAGUGGGCUGAGCUGGCCCAUGAUAUGGCAGGUGCUCUGGAGGAACCCAUCACCUCUGCAUUUGCUCAGAUGCUAGUCAUCUCUGCCACCGAGCCCGGCAGCCUGAAGAAUUCGGACCCUCCACGAGAAGGCUACAUCUCCAAGCCACAGAGCUCCAACCUGAAGACCAUCCCUGCCAGACCCAUCCCGACCCCUGUCUCUGUGACACCCCCAGCCCACCCAAGGGCACUUAACAGUCCUACAGGCGCCAUCUCGAAAUAUGGCGGCAACACUUCCAGCAUCCCUUCAACUCAUCAAUCCAAUCACCCAACAGUGACGGUCUCUCCAGUCGCCGGUGAUGUGUCAACGCGGCAACUGCCACUUGCCGCCUCUGGUUCCUCUGCCUCCAGUGGGCCAGCCGCCGCUGGUGCCAGGCCGACGCAUCAGCACACCAGCGCCGGUCCGAGGAGAAGCAAACACGCGGAUGGGAACACUCCUCGAUACACAGGCCUGGGCUGCAUCGUGGACCUGGAGAAGAUCUAUCGCUUCUUGAGUACCAUCCAUAUUCAGAGUGAAUGUUUCAAACUGACUCCUAUGGAAAGUGCUGUUGUACUGGACCUGCUCAUGUCUCUUCCUGAAGAGCUCCCCCUCCUGGACUGUGCCAGACUGCAGCACCACCUGCUUGAGGUCCAUAAACGAUUCUCAGCACCGGUUCCCAAGGCAGCCCAGGGACGCAUCUGUACUGGGAAGUCCACGUCCUUGAAUGAAGAAGGAACGAAAGCAGAGGAUCAAGGAAGACCAGUUGGUCACCGAGGAGGAAAUGAUGAAGGAGAAACACCUGUGACAACGCCUCCACAUCAAGCUGUCAGAGACGCAGCGGUUGCCCCACUUGAGACGCUACCAAAGAGUCCGGUAGAUGGAGAGCAGGAUGUGUCUAUUAGAGGGAUGCCAGAUGGUCAGGGAAGUGAUGGAGCAGAAUCCUCCUUAACCAAUCAGGAUGCGGCCUCAACGGCGGCAUCUGGCAACCUUGUUGCCGGGUGUUCUGAUUUCAGUGCCGAAGAUGGGGCUGCUUUGGCACCGGGGAGUACACAGGAAAGAGUGGGAUCUGAGACAUUCACACCUUUGCAGGCCAGCGGUCACGACCAGGGUCAACCUCUGUUGCCCAAUGACACGUCAGUGAAGUCGGGAAAGGCCAAACAAAGAAAAGCUGACUGGAAAAAGGCUGGACUCUGUCCUCUUAACCCCUUCGUGGUGCCUUUGAAACUGUUGGCACGACGAACGGUACAGCCGGUGGAGGAGGUGGCAUCUCAGUAGCCUCCAUUUUGUACAUGUGCACUUUUUGAGAAGAAAUAAACAUGGCUAAAAAUCUUGGAAUACAUAUGUUCUUAAGCAGUUAAUUAGUAAAUACAAAAGAAUGAAGGAGACGUGCAGGUCACAGCAGUGAAUAAUAAGUUAUUUAAUCAGAAAUGUCUCACUGUCAUUCAUUUGUGGUUCAUUUGAUUGUGAUUUGUUCUUUGGAUCAUUUGCGGCUGUUCUAUUCAUGUGUUACUGUUAUAUAGCCUUUAAAACUGAUUUUAGUAAAACAAAUGUAUCAUACAGUGUACAGAAAUUGUAAGGAAAUAAAUAUAAUACGUUUUUUGUACA